UUUGUCCAAUAAUAACAACCUUGGAACAAAACCAGAUCAAAACUUCGCCGCGCGACUCUUGCGCCGUCUUGGCGCCGCCAACCAGGAAUCCGAGACGUUUGUGUGACGGUAGACUUGCAAUUAAUUUGCAAUGGCGGCUUUCCUACGAAUUCGGAAGUGUUUCUUCAAGCCCCCGCAACUGAACAACUUGAUUUCAGUCAACUCAAAGGCCUCGCCCACCUCAUUCUCAAUUCUCGUCAUGUCAUCCAGCUCUGGAACUGGUAUGGCGUCCAUGAGCACGACAGCCAGACGCCGAAGCGCUCAUGCCGCACCACAGCCCCCAGAUUGGAACAAUGACUCCAGCCUGUUCGCCUACACGCGCGGGCGAUUUGUCUUUGACGAAGCCCGCCAGAUUCGGCAGCGGACAGUCAGGUUUGACAUGAACCGACUCGCGCAAAUUGCCGCCUCUUCCAUCGGAGCAGACCACUGCAUCACCGUCACCAAGUGCCCCGACGGCAUGCACACCAAGGCAUACAUUCUGCGCAUGGAUGACGGCCGAGAGGUCAUUGCCAAAGUCCCAAACCCCAACGCUGGCGUGCCGCACUACACGACAGCCAGCGAAGUAGCCACCAUCGACUUUAUGCGUGACGUCCUCCAAACGCCUGCCCCCACGGUCCAUGCGUGGAGCUCACGGGCCGACGACAACAGUGUGGGCGCCGAGUACAUCGUCAUGGAGAAAGCCGUCGGCGAGCCUCUCGAAAGGUUCUGGGACCGUAUGAGUGCCUCCGAAAAGCUCAAGGUGCUUAUGCAAGUGCUCUCCUACUACAAAUCCUGGCUUGCCUUCUCCUUCCCGGCCUACGGGAGUCUGUACUACAAAUCCGACGGCGGGCCGUCGUCUCUCGCCGUCCACAUCCCCGGUGGCGGCCCACCUAGCGAGCGAUUCGCCAUCGGCCCUGCAACAGGCCGCGACUGGUACGACGCCGGCCGCUCGUCUCUCAAGUGCGACUGCGGCCCCUGGACCUCGGCCCUCGCCUACUGCACUGCCAUCGCCGCUCGCGAACGCGCCGCCGUCCAGCGACUGCCCCCCGCCAGGCAGAUGCUCCUAAUCACCGGCCCGUCGCCCGAGCUCUACACGCCGACCCCCGCCAAGAAACUCUCAGCCCUGGCCGCCCUCGACCCCCUGCUCCCGCGCGUGUUAUUAACCGGCAAUCCCCUGCUGGUGGCCCCGCGCUUGUGGCACGACGACCUGCACGGCGAGAACAUCUUUGUCGACCCGUCCGACCCGACCCGCAUCACCGCCGUGAUUGACUGGCAGGGCUGCCAGGUAUCGCCGCUGUUCGACCACAACGCCGUGCGCCCCAUCUUUCUCGAGUAUUCGUUCGAGUCCGCCACGGCCUCCGAGAACGACGCGGCAGCGGACAAAGACGGUGAUGACACAGCUCCGCCCCCUGCUGCGCCCGAUACUUCGGGCAUGUCGGGCUCGGACCGCGCGGCGGCGCUCAAGGCGUACGUCGACACGGCAAUCUGCAUCGCCUGGCGCCGGCUCGUGCGCGACGCGGCUCCCGCCCUGCACGAUUUGGAAAAGUUCCAGGACUCGACCGAGGGCAGCGUGCUGCAGGUGGCCCGGCGCGUGUACGAGUACGGCGAGUCGCUGCUGGCGGGGAUGGUGCUGGACCUGGAGCCGUCGUUGAAAGACAGGGACGACGUCGACGAGACGGUGAUACGGAGCGAAAUGGAUGCCGAGUCAAAAGGGAUUGGGUUGAUGGCGCAGAUGCAGGAGCAGAUGGGUGACGACUGGCCGGAUAAUGGCGUCACGGUCGCGGGGGACUACGACAAGGUCAAGGCCACGCUCACACAGGCGAGGGACGAUUUGGCCGAGGUCAUGUAUGGGGAGGAUGAGGCAAAGAAAGAGGAGUUCAGGAAUGAUUGGCCUUUCAAUAAUUAGGUUUGAUUAGUUUCGAUGGGUUAGUUUCGAUGUGUGAGGGGGUGCGUGGUUGUGAAUUGUCGGCGGCAUAGGAGGGGGAUGAUUAUUAUGUCUUCCGAUAAUUAAAACUUGUCUGGUACAGUGUUCUUUACGGCACGCCGUCGCUUUGUAUCAUGAUUAAUCCGCCUAGUUGAGAUUUGGAGUCUGCCUUUCCGCGGUUCGUUUGGCCUGGAAUCGGAUUUAGUAAUUAUGAACUCUGAUCAAGACGUGAAA